UUGUUUCGGGUUUCUUUAAGUUCGCUUUUUAAAUGUAAAUAUGAACAACGACUGGCCUGCUGAUGAUGCUGAAAUCGAUCUGGCAUUAAAUGAUGAGGCCCUGGGCAAGCUACUCGAUACACCAACCAAAUCAGAUCCAAAGGUGAUCUCCGAAUGCGUUGGCUUCGACGAGAGCGCGGGUAACAGUUGGCUUUACCCGAGCAAUUUGCCGCUUCGCUCGUAUCAGCACAGCAUUGUGCAGGCGGCACUUUAUCGCAACACGCUGGUGGUGCUGCCCACUGGACUGGGAAAGACCUUCAUUGCAGCAGUUGUGAUGUACAAUUUGCAUCGAUGGUAUCCCGAGAGCAAAUUGAUUUUCAUGGCACCAACUCGUCCGCUGGUGGCUCAGCAGAUCGCCGCAUGCCAAAAGAUAAUGCCCUUUUGCCCGGAGGACACAGUGGAGCUUACUGGACGUCUGCCGCGUGCCAAGCGCGCGGAAUUGUGGGCGACCAAGCGCGUCUUCUUUGCCACGCCCCAAGUGGUGCAAUCGGAUAUGCUAGACACGGGCGAUGGGCUGCAAUUCCCCUACAUGUCCAUCAAAUUGCUCGUUGUGGACGAGGCGCACAGGGCCAAGGGACGAUAUGCAUACACGCAGGUAACGGACUCACUAAUGGCUCGCAAUCCUUACUUCCGCAUGCUCGCUCUGUCUGCAACGCCAGGGCGCACCAUGGAGGACGUGGCUGCUGUCUGCCGCAAUCUGUGCAUCUCCCAUCUCGAAGUGCGCUGGGAUGACUCCAUAGACGUGCGACAGUAUGUGCACAAGCGUAGCAUGCGCACAAUUGUGGUGCCCCUCAAUGAUCGAAUCAAGGAGCCGCGUGCACAGCUUUUGCAAAUCAUUGAUCCUUAUCUGCGUCAGCUGAUUUCAGCAAAUGUGCUCAAGGGAGCUCGUGGUAAUAUUUCGCGCAACAAUCUGCUCUUUGACCAGAGCCGCUAUCAGGAGCACGUAGCCCGGGGUGAACGUCAUCCGGAGCACAGCUUAAUUGUCAGCAACUUUGCUGUGUGCAUUAGUUUGUAUCAUGCGCUGGAGCUGCUCGAGCGCCAUGGCCUGCGCGUCUUUGUGAACAAUUUUGAUGCGGAUGAGAAUGGAAGGGAUAAGUUUGUACUAAAGGAUCCUGCGCUUAGGGAGCUGGUGGAGAAGGUUCGCCGAGAGCUGGGUGCUAAUCCGCUAGAGCACUCGACGCACGCCAUGACCAAUGGGCAGGUGGCGCCGCUUCCUGCUAGCCUGGACUUUGGCCAUCCCAAGUACGAGCAGGCGAGACAAGUGCUCUUAACGCAUUUCGAGUCCCAUCCAGAUUCGCGUGCUAUCGUCUUCUGCGAGUAUCGUGAGUCCGUGAUGCUGAUUCAACGUUUACUGCUGCAGCACAGGCCGGUGCUGCGUCCGCGCUGCUUUGUGGGCCAAAGCUCAGGAACCAAUGGAAUCUGCGCCUUAACCCAAAAGGAGCAGCUGCAAAUUAUGUCGGACUUUCGUCAAGGCGUGAGCAACGUGCUGGUGGCCACGUCCAUUGGCGAGGAGGGCCUGGAUGUGGGUGAGGUGGAGCUGAUUGUGUGCUUCGACAUCUGCAGCUCGAAUCCGACACGAUUCGUGCAGCGCAUUGGGCGCACUGGCAGGCAGAAGAAAGGCGAUGUUGUCAUGCUGGUCACGGACGGACGAGAGCAGCAGCUGCUCAAGGAAAUGCUGGCCAACAAGGAUCAAAUGAAUCGCAAGCUGCUGCAGUCGACGUUGGUCAAGAGCGCUUUGUACCCACACUCGCCACGCCUUGUGCCGCCUCAAUUUCAUCCGCGAUGCGAACAACGCCUCAUGGAAUCCAUUCAGCCCAAACCGCAGACACCUUCGCCCAAAGCAAAGGGACGCAAGCAGCCCGUACAGCCAACGGUGAAAUGCCACGAUCUGCGUAGGUAUUUCACGCAGACCCAGGACAAAUUCCUGCAGGGCGAACCCGCAUACAAAGUGAGCGAGGCCUCACAGCGGCUGCUGCAGGAGCAGGCGGCGCGGCAGAGCGUGCCGAUCAAGAGCUUUCUGCUGGAUACGCAGGAGAACAAUGAACCGAUUGAGGCAACUCCUCCCUUAGCAGCUAGCAGCAGCAGUCAGGAGCAGGUGCAGCGGCUGCGCAGGAUGACGCGACUGCUGCAGGCAGCAAAACCUUUGGUCAGCGACUCGCAACGCAACCAGGAUCUGGUGGCACAGUUGCAGGACAAGCAGCUUCCCACUGCGCUCAAGCUCUACCUGAUCGAAUGCAAUGCGCACUUUGUGCGGGAUAUUCAUGCCAAGAUGCUGGAGCAACUGCAGCGUGAGCUGCCAGCAGCGCGCCUGAACUCCAGGCAGCAACGAACGCGAAAGAUCUACGAGCUGCUACAGUCGGUUUGCGGCGAUCACUUGGAGUGGCUGUUAGAACAAGCCGAAUCCAGCUGUGCAGAGCUCACGCUGAAAGAUUUGCUGCAGCCCCUGGAUGAGCAACCCGUCUUUGAAAGAGUCUGCACGGAUAUAUUUGAGGGGCUGCAGGAGACGGGAAUUUGUGCGGAUAACCAUGAGAUGCUGCAGCAGGAGUGGGAGCAGCUGGAGCUGCGCCGCCUGGAGCAGACCAUGAAAGAGCAGCUGGAUAAUGAGGCGACAAGUCUGUACGAGGACUGGCAGGACGAGGAGAUAGCCGAAGACGAUUGCCUGCCAACAACUGAGGUCUCCACCUCAGUAUAUCAAAGCCAAUGGGCAGAGACAGCACGACGCAGCUCCACGCCGUUGCAUGUGCGGCGGAGUCCUUCCGCCGUAGACUCCACCCAGCUGAGCACCAACCUGAGCCGACUCAAUUGCCUGAUGAGCGCGGCAAGCACGCCACUGCAGAAGAAUAAACAAAAUAAGAGGUCCUUGCUGGACGAGCUGGAUAAAGAUCUGUCAACCUUCGAUCAGCUGGCGGAGCAGCAGGAGGCAGUUGCAGUUGAGGCCACGCCGGAAGCGCUCGACUUGGAUCUCAAUGAUUUCCUAGAGCCGCUGCCCGAAGAGCAGCUGCUGCAGCAGAAGGAGAGUCAGGUGGACGAAGGCGUUGGCUUUAAAGAGAAUCAAGCUGAGGCUAUCGACGAGCAGAAGCCGAGUCCAGCUAAGAAAAUUCAGCCAGAAGUUGUUACCCCGCCGCGCAAUCUUUCUCCUGACAUCUUCGCAGAGGAUUCCUUAUCGCCUUGGAAGCCAACAACGACUGCUCCAGCUAUGAGCUUAGCCGCCAAAUUAGCAGCGAAAUCCACAGCUGCGCCUCUGACUGCGCCGGCUAACCGUACGCCGGAACGUGCGCCCGCCCCGCCCUCUGCUCAGCUCAAGUCUCCAAGUAUUUUCGAGAACUAUCUGCGUCGCAUGCGAGGCCGCGGGCAUUUGUCCAGAGAGGCGCAGCGCAUACACAGCAUGACCAGCAUGACCAACAUGACCAGCAUGGCAGCUGCUAAGCCACCUGAGCUAGAAGAGGACUCACCGAUUGUGCGACGUCGACCAGGCAAGCGCAAGAUCUAUGACAUAUCCGAUGAGGACAAGGCGGAGGUAACGCAGAUCCUGGAGGAGGACAGCUUUCAGGAGGUGCCUGCUACACAGUUGCCAGAGCUACGAACGCCUCCGCGUCGUAAACGCGCCAAGUUCAACGAAUUCGUUCUGCAGGAGGCAGACCAAAGCGGAUCCGAUCACGAAGAGGACGAGGAAGCGGAACGCAGCUAUGGGGUCUAUCUAAAAGACUCUGUCAUAGUCUCCAGCGAUGAUGAGGGGCACAAUGACACCACCACGCAUGCCAUGUACCUGCAGGGCAUUAGGAGUCCUGUGCAUCGUCCUGGCGCCUUUAAGAUACCAGCGCCGCGUCGGUUCGAUGAUGAGUUCAUCUACUCGCAGCCUGUGGAGCUUGAGCCGUCGCAAUAUUUGCCCAGCUCGUUCGUGGUAAAUGAUGACAGCGCUGUCAAAGAGGAUUCGCACAACGUAUCCGAGUGUCCGUUGGAGCGUGCCGAGCGCAUACUGAAGGAGCAGCGGCGCCAACGACGGCGCCAACGGGAAGGAGGAGGUGUCCCUGAGCCAACAACUGUAGCUGCGCGAAGCAAGCGACGACGCAUCCAAACAAUCAGCGAUUCCAGUGAAGAGGACGAUGUGAUCUUUUUGAACUGACUGACCCACUGACUGACCCACUGAUCGAGCUGUGCUUAAUCUCAGUGCCAUGUCCCCUGACUACUCUCAUACCCUCUUAAAAAUUUAGUUUUC